GGGCGACAAAGAGAGAGAGAGAGAGAGAGAGAGAGAUCGGGCAUGAGUGUGUGAGUGUGUGUGGAAAUGUGUGUGUGUGCGUGUGUGUGUGUGUGUGUGUGUGGAUAUGGACUGCCUCUGCAUUGUCACCACUAAGAAGUAUCGUUACCAAGACGAUGAGACGCCACCUGUCGACCCCAGCCCCGGUCACAUGACCCACGGACGCAGCACCGAACUGAGCCACGCACACCUGGACGGAUACACACACCCUGCAGUCACUAUGAACGGAUCAGAAGGAGAACUGGAGUAUGAGGAGAUCACACUGGAGAGGGGAAACUCUGGUCUCGGCUUCAGCAUCGCAGGAGGAACUGAUAACCCUCACAUCGGAGACGACCCGUCCAUCUUCAUCACCAAGAUCAUCCCUGGAGGAGCCGCCGCCCAGGACGGACGCCUCAGGGUGAACGACAGCAUCGUAUUCGUUAACGACGUGGACGUGCGUGAGGUCACUCAUUCCAUCGCCGUGGAGGCGCUGAAGGAGGCGGGGCCUGUCGUCAGGCUGUACGUCCUGAGGCGACGCCCACCGAGCGAACGCAUCACACAGAUCAAACUGAUGAAAGGACCGAAAGGUCUGGGCUUCAGUAUAGCAGGCGGUGUGGGGAACCAACACGUUCCUGGAGACAACAGCAUCUAUGUCACCAAGAUCAUCGAGGGCGGGGCAGCACACAGAGACGGACGGCUACAGAUCGGGGACAAAAUCCUGGCUGUGAACCAGAUGUCUCUGGAGGACGUCCUGCAUGAAGACGCCGUGUCGGCCCUGAAGAACGCGGGGGAGGUGGUCUACCUGAAGGUGGCCACACCCACCUCGCAUUACAUCCACCCUGCUGAUCGGUACAGCCCCCCCAACCUGACCAGCUCCUACAUGGAGCCUGACUACAUGUGUGAUUACCCACAAGCCCUCCCUCCUCCGUCACCACGACGAUACUCGCCGAUCCCCCGUGGCAUGAUGGGAGAGGACGACUACUCCCGGGAGCCUCGCAGAGUCUGCGUGCAGCGAGGGUCCACCGGUCUGGGCUUCAACAUCGUCGGCGGAGAGGACGGAGAGGGAAUCUUCAUCUCCUUCAUCCUGGCAGGAGGACCAGCAGACCUGAGCGGAGAGCUCCGGAAGGGGGACCAGAUCCUCAGUGUGAACGGCGUGGACCUCAGGUAUGCGACUCAUGAACAGGCAGCAGCAGCUCUGAAGAACGCUGGACAGACUGUUACCAUAGUAACACAGUACAGACCUGAGGAGUACAGUCGCUUCGAAGCAAAGAUCCACGACCUGAGGGAGCAGAUGAUGAACAGCUCGUCUGGGAGUCUGAGAGCAAACCGCAGCUUCUACGUCAGGGCCUUGUUUGAUUACGACAAACAGUGGGACUGUGGCGUCCUAUCACAAGCUCUGGACUUCAGCUUCGGGGAGGUUCUUCACGUGACGGACAGCUCCGACGACGAGUGGUGGCAGGCCCGACGAGUGAACCAGCAGGGGGAGCUGGAGGAGCUGGGAUACAUCCCAUCAAAACACAGGGUGGAGAGGAAGGAGUGGUCACGGAUGAAGAGCAAAGGUAGAGACGGCUUCGUCCACAGCUACGAGCUCGUCACUCAGGUGGAAGUGGACUACGCUCGUCCCGUCAUCAUCCUCGGUCCGACCAAAGACCGAGUCAACGACGACCUUCUGUCCGAGUUCCCUGAUAAGUUCGGCUCGUGCGUCCCUCGUGAGUGUCCAGCUUCACAUGAAACACGUCACGUGAACAAACAGGAAGUCUCUGGUGUCUCUCUCUCUCUCCCUGCAGAUACGACUCGCCCUCGGAGGGACUAUGAGGUCGAUGGGCGGGACUACCACUUUGUGUCGUCACGGGAACAGAUGGAGCGGGACAUCCAAUCGCAUCGCUUCAUCGAGGCGGGACAGUACAACAACCACCUGUACGGGACGUCGGUGCAGAGCGUGAGACAGGUGGCCGAGCAGGGGAAGCACUGCAUCCUGGACGUGUCGGCCAACGCCGUGCGGAGGCUGCAGGCGGCUCAGCUCCACCCCAUCGCCAUCUUCAUCAGACCGAGGUCUCUGGAAAACAUCCUGGACCUGAACAAGCGUUUAUCGGAGGAUCAGGCGAGGAAAGCUCUGGACCGAGCGAUCAAACUGGAGCAGGAUUUCCUCGAGUGUUUCACAGCCAUCGUCCACGGCGACAGCUUCGAGGAGGUCUACCACCUGGUCAAAGCCGUCAUCGAGGAGCAGAGCGGCCCCUACAUCUGGGUCCCCGCCCGAGACAGACUCUGAUUGGCCACUGCCAGCUGAGGACGCCUUCUCCAUGGAAACCACCCCGUCCACCUCCACCCACACCUUCCCGUCCCCCACCUCCUGCUCUGUUGGUCUUUUUACCGUCUGUGUUCUUUCUCACUCCUCGAUGAGGAGUGAGCUCAGUGAUCUGAUGGCUGCUGUAACCAUGGCAACUGAGAGAGAAGAGGGCGUACCUGCCUAUCUCUCCACCUGUCUGUGUGUCAGAGGAAAAGAUGGAGACAGAUGAUGAUUGAUUGAUGUGUUGAUUCAAUAAUCUUGUAUUAUCAGUGAAUAAUCAGAGACAGUUCAGUCAGUAUCAAAGUAUUUAUAUUAUCCUAUUUAUUUAUUUAUGUUUGUGAUGAUGAGAGUGUGUGUGUGUGUGUGUGUAUUGAUGGGGCUCAAACACAGUCUAUUCAGGGCUUAAAGUAUCAAACAACCACUGGACUACAGCUCCCACAAUCCUCUGCAUCUGGACUACAACACCCCCUCACACACACACCUGAGCUUCAGGACCUACAGUCCCUCUGUUCUUGGACUGAAACACUCCAAACCUCUGUCACCUGGACGACACCGUCCUUCUGUUGCACUACAGCUCCCACAGUCCUACAGUCUGUCUCUGUUGCAGUGGACAGUUCAAACAACAAAAAGGUGAAACUGAAAAGCUUCCGCUAUUAUGUAUGAACCUAUGGACUACAUUACCCACAGUUCCCAGCUAAAGACCACCACCUCCUGUUGAACUACAGUACCCAUGAUGCUCUGCUGCUAAACAGGACGAAAGGCAGCGGGGGGGGGGGGGGGGGGGGCACGCUGGGGGUGGAGCUUAAGCUUCAGCCUCACAUAACACACCUGGGCAUGGUCACCUGACCCUAUUACCCAUAGUGCUGUGGGAGAUUACUGUAGGAGGGAAACAUCCUGUAACCAUGGCAACAGGGACAGAUAGUGGAUCCAACAUGCUCCCAAACUGGUUUCUGAUUGGUCCACUGGGUUUUUAGACUGAAUAUCAGGGUCAUGUGAUUCAUUCUAAUAAUUAUUAUAAUAAA